AAAAGAUUUAUGUUUACACUUAACUUUAACAACAAAAAACGUAUUAAUUUAUAAAAAUUGUUUAUAAAAGAAAAAUUAGGUAAUUUUAUAUCUUGAAAUAUGAUAGAGAGAUGGCGUUAAUUACGCCAAGAUUAUAUUCUUUUUUAAUAAGAAUUGGGUUCUAAUUUGAUUCACAAUUGACUAGUUUUACAAGAAUUUGUGUUCGCACUUGAUUUUAGUAACAAGUUGUAUUAAUUAAAAUAUCUUUAUAAAAAAAUUAGAAUUGUAUAUAGUUUGAGAUAUCGUUUAUAGAUGGCACUAAACGUCAUGAUUUAGCUCGUUGUCGUUACCAUAUGAUUCGUAAAUACAAACUUUAAAAGUGCUUUCCCUUAAAAGUCGAAGAAAAAAUUCUUUUUGUAUUAAUUGAAAUGUGUUAUUACCUGUGUUUAUUGUGUUAAAGGUGGAUUUUGGUGCAUAUUCAGUUUUAGAAGCGAUGUAGGAGAGAAAUAUAAUCCGUUAAUAGUGAGGUUAUGUUGUUAUUUUUUUUGGAAACAAAAUUGGAUCCUAAUUCGAUUAGUAUUAGGUUGGAAUAGAAGAAAAUAAAAAAUGCGUGACAUAAUAACACGAAAAUAUAUUUAAUUUCAACGUGAUACAUAAAAGUCUGGAGGGAUUAAAUUGCAACUGCGUUCUUUUACUGUUUAUCUGGUUUCUAGAUUCUUCAUUUAUUUCCUUUGGAAUGCUUACUAACAGCUUGCUAUUUGCUGCUGAUUAAAUUGUUAUUGCCGUGCAAAAAGGCGUACAUUUCCAUUGCCUAUGUCAUACAUUCCAUACUUACUAAUUUGAAAUCAUCACAAAUCGUUUAAGGCAUUAAUCAUUGUUUUUUUGAUUAAUUAAUUUGAUUAAAUGCUUUUCGAAUUGUUAAAUUUUAGUAAUAACUUAGCAAUUAAUUUUAUUUAAUCUUAUUUAAAAUUCAAAUUCAAUUGCGCCAUCUCUUGCGCAACGAUUUAAACAUGUCAUAACGGCGUAAUAUUGGUUGCCUAUCUUUAAAAUAAUUUAAUUAUUAGAAUUAAACAAAUUUAAAUUAUACUUUUCCAAGUAGAGCUUAAAAUCAUUAAUCAUCUUCUAUUAAAUCGAUAAUCUAUUAACAAGACCCUCUUUUCGCUCCUUUCCCCCAUUCAAAACGUUAAUUAACAUUUAAAAUGCGCUCAAUUUUCAUUUUAGCUAUAGAAAACCAUAAUAAACGGUGAAUUUCGAUUUAUCGGGGGUAAAUUUAACCAAGGUUACCAAAAUCGAAGAUUAACCUUUAAGCGUCAACGCGGAAACCUCUUAAACUGUCAAGUUGAUUGACAUUUCAGGUUAACUUAUAUGUCAAUGAGUGCUUACGGUUAAAUUAUUUAUCAUUUUGACCUUAACACCGCUUUUAUUUAAAGAAAUUGUACCAGAAAUUUCUUUUAUAAAGAUAGAAUUGAUGUUUAUACAGCAUAAAUUGAGCAAUUUAGCUACGAAUGAUUAAUGAUAAGUUUUAAAUUAAAUUAGUUUUAAAAGAUAACCACAGAUAAUUCUUAUCGUUUUUAAUAAACGUUUAACAAAAGCACAAAAAUAGCUUUAACGAAAAACGAAAGCUAAACGGUUACCAUGGUAUUAACGUAGUAAACAUCAUAAAAGCUCUUUCUCGACGUAGCUUUAGGGUUUGGUCAGUAACGAAUAGUCUUUGGAAGCGACCGGAGGUUUGAACGCAAAGCUUUUAUUAUUAUCAGAAAAUUGAAAUUAAUUGUAAAUAAAUUUUGUUUCGGAUUAAUUUUUUGUUAAUUCAAAAAAAAUGGCCUCGGAAAACGUGCCAUCUAGCUCUGAUAGUGACCAAUCGAGGAAAACGCCGAAAAGUUCGCAAGAUAAGCUCAUGGUAGCUGUUAGGAUUAGGCCGUUAAAACAAGAUGAAGCUGUUCGGUGUUUGUACGCUUUACAUAACAAGAAUGUUUAUUUUGAAGAUGAAAACGAUAAAAACAACGCUCUACGUCAAAAACGAAGUUCCGAUAAACAAUACUUAUUCGACGUGGUUUUCGGCGAGGAGGCGACGCAAGAGGAAGUUUACGAUGUGACCACAAGCGGUUUGGUGAAAGACGUCCUAAACGGAUUUAACGCAACUGUUUUUGCGUACGGCGCAACGGGGGCUGGAAAAACGCACACUAUGGUGGGGGAUCAAACGCAGCCCGGAAUCAUGAUAAGAGCCCUAAACGACAUUUUUCACACCGUAAAAACGAAAGAAUCCGAAUUUUCCGUCACAAUGUCUUAUUUGGAGUUAUACAACGAACAAAUUCGCGAUCUCCUCAACCCAUCAACGGGUUACUUAGAAUUACGCGAAGAUUCCCGAGGUCGCAACAUCCAAGUCGCCGGUUUAUCCGAAAUCUCAACAACCUCAACCCACGAAGUAAUGACUUUACUACAAAAAGGGAAUAAAGCACGAACGGUAGAACCAACAGCCAUGAACAAAACAUCCUCAAGAUCCCACGCCCUUUUAAGCGUAACCGUUCGCCACACAAUCCCCCUCGACAAAAAAGACCACCUCCGAAUGCGAAUCAAACAAGGAAGAUUAUUCAUGAUCGAUUUAGCCGGAUCAGAAAGAGCGAACAAAACUAAAAAUCGCGGAAAGCGAUUACAAGAAGGCGCCCACAUAAACAGAUCUUUAUUAGCAUUAGGAAAUUGUAUAAACGCUUUAAGUGGAGGGGCUCGUUACGUAAAUUACCGCGAUUCAAAAUUAACGAGAUUACUAAAAGAGGCUUUAAGCGGAAAUUGUCGAACGGUUAUGAUAGCGCACGUUUCCCCAGCUUCGAAUCAAAAAGACGAAUCGAGAAACACAUUAAUUUACGCCGAUCGAGCGAAAAAUAUUUCGAGUAAAGCCGAAAGUAACAUUUUGGACGUUUCGUAUCACGUCACUCAAUAUCAAACCGUCAUUAAUGAACUUCGCGAUGAGAUUUCGAGGUUACAACAAAAAAUGACGGAAGAGCGACCGAGAUCGGCGGACGUUAAUAAGUUAACCGCCGAACAACGAAGCAACGAAGUGAAACAAUUAAGAGAACAAAUAGUGGAAACGUUUAAAAUGCAAAUGAAGUUACGAAGGAAAUUAAUGGAAAUCGAUUCUCAUUUAUUAGGGUUAGGGAUGGAAGCUGAAAGGCAACAUUUGAUCAUUUCGCAUUGGGAGUCGAGGAAUAAUAAGUUGUAUAAAAAUCAUGGAUUGAAAUCGAGGGCUCAAACUCAACAGACGCAAAGGAGGAGGCAAAAUUCGACCGCUGAAAGCAGUAAAUCUGCCGAUUUUUCUGAGGUUGAUUCGGAUUUCGAUGGGGAGGCCGAAGGCGAAUUGGCUGUUCAACAAGCUUGGGGGGAAUUGGCUGAUAUUGAAAGGGAGCAGGAGCGAUGGUCUGAUUUGAGGAUACAAAUUGAACAUAAAUUGGAACAUUGUAGACAAACUGGAGUUUCUUUGGAGGAUAAACUCCCCGAUUUAUUAUCAUCAGAUGACGAAAGAGAAAUUUUAGCGUUAAUGUGUCGCGUUCAUGAAUUGGAAGCCGAUAAAAUGGCUCUACAAUCAGAACGUUUGGUGAGACAACAUGAAUUAAGAAGAAGAGACUUAGUUAUUUUAAGAUACGAUCGACAAAGACAACUUUGCGAGGAGAUAAUUAGCAGGCAACGAUCUCUUAUAGAAGAAGGCAAAAUUAAGCUCCCACCUGACUUGCAAGAACUUUAUCAAUUAUAUCAACAAGAAAUCCACGCUUCAACAUACACUGAUUAUCCAUCGACAGCUUCGAUAGAAAAAUUACCACCUAUAAGUAAAAUUGAUCCGAUGUUUAGAAGAAACACUUCAAAUUCAGAACAAAGCGGUUCAGAUCACACACCCCCAUCUUCAGCGGAAUCCGAGGAAUUACCGCCAUUGAAUGACCCGAGUAUUGAUAGAGUGAUGGGGCAAGUAGUUUCUAGGCCGGGGUUAUCCAUGAAAUUACCACCUUUACCACCAAGUCCACCAAUUCGAAUUUCAAAACCACCAAGCUCAAAAUCAGAGAGUUUUGAGAAAAUUGAGUAAAUAAUUAAUUUAUGUAAAAAAAAAAAUCUA